UGUAUAUACCUAGCUAUUUCUCUAUCCACAAUUACUAAAGCGAAAACCGUGAGCAUGGAGAUCUUGAAGGAUGGACAAAGAGACUGGACUCAGGUUCCUGCCGAUAUUCUGGAGUACAUAACAAGCAAGGUAAGUGUGGCUGGCUAUCAUCGAUUUUUGUUGGUUUGCACUGCAUGGAGACGCACAACAUCAAUGAGACCUCCUUCUUCUCAUCUUCCAUGGUUAAUGCUCUCCAAUGAUAGAAAUAAGAGAACUCGUAGAUUUUUUUGUCUUCAUGAUUCAAAAUUCUACCAAAUCCCAUUACCAAGAGUGGUGCGUCGAAGUUGGUGUGCUGGAUCAUCUUAUGGUUGGUUUAUAAUGGCUCAUAAAACUCGAGGAGAUUUCUUUUUUAAUCCUUUUUCUGGUGUUAGGAUUCCAAUACCAACCCAUUACCAGCCUUACUCUUUUGUACGACCUGCCUCUAAUCCGUAUUUUAUAACUAAAGCUAUCGUAUCUUCAGAACCCACGCCAGAGAAUAUUGCUGCCGGUCAUUGCUUGGUUGCUGCGCUUUUUGAGGUAGAUAGUUUAGGUAUUUGUCGACCAGGAGACCAAGCACGGACCUGCUUUACGAUCAGGUCCCUUAAUGGCGAUGGGGAGGGCCAGGAAGAGGAGGAGGAGGAGGAGGAGGGCGAUGUGCAUGUGGAUAUCCCAUUAAUAAAGGUGAAUUUAAUAAAAAAAGAUGAUGAAGAUGAUUCAGAACUGGAGGAGUAUGAGUCAAAUAAAGUUCAUGAACAUAUUAUUUUAGAUGUUAAAGUUGCUAGAUAUAUCUUAUUAAAUCUGUUAUACUAG